CAUCGACCCGACCUUUCUCCUCCAAAACCUAUGAAAUGCUUUCCUUUAUCGCCAACUAUGGUCCUCGAUAUAGUUUGAUAGGGUGUGAGGGGAGGAGAUCCUGAAGGAGCGGGAUGGCGGACCUCUUGGAGACUCUCGCGUGUGUUCCAUCGACAGAGCGUGGCCGGGGAAUCCUCAUCUCCGGCGAUCCAAAGUCCGACUCUAUUAUUUAUUGCAAUGGGCGGGCGGUGAUCAUUCGGCGUCUUGGCGCGCCGAUGUGUGUGUCAAUCUAUGGUGAACACGCGCACCAGACGACGGUGGCGCGCUUCUCCCCCAAUGGUGAGUGGAUUGCCUCUGCCGAUGUCUCCGGCAUGGUUCGGAUCUGGGGUCGCCAUGGGGACCGCGCGCUGAAAAGCGAGUUUCGCGUUCUCUCUGGCCGCAUCGACGACCUUCAGUGGUCUCCUGACAGUCAGCGCAUUGUUGUCUCAGGCGAUGGAAAGGGCAAGUGCUUCGUUCGUGCAUUUAUGUGGGAUUCAGGCACUAAUAUCGGGGAGUUUGAUGGCCAUUCUAAGAGGGUAUUAAGUUGUGAUUUUAAGCCAACUCGACCAUUUCGUAUUGUCACAUGUGGAGAGGACUUUAUCUUGAACUUCUAUGAAGGCCCUCCAUUUAAAUUUAAGCAAUCCCACAGGGAUCACUCUAACUUCGUUAAUUGUGUCCGGUACUCUCCAGAUGGGAGUAAGUUCAUCUCUGUAAGUUCUGAUAAGAAGGGCAUAAUCUUUGAUGGAAAGUCUGGAGACAAGCUUGGUGAGCUGUCUAUGCAAGAGGUUCACAAGGGAAGCAUCUAUGCUGUUAGCUGGAGUCCAAAUAGUAAAAAAGCCUUGACAGUAUCUGCGGACAAAACUGCUAAAGUUUGGGACAUUUUAGAUGAUGGUAAUGGUAAACUGAAUUGUACACUUGCUUGCCCUGUUUCUGGAGGAGUGGAUGACAUGCUAAUUGGCUGCCUAUGGCAUGGUGACCAUCUCGUCACUGUUUCUCUUGGCGGAAUGAUAUCUAUAUUUUCAGCUAGUGAUCCACAGAAACCACCAACAUCUUUUUCUGGCCACAUGAAAAGCAUCAAUGCUUUGUCUUGUUUGCUUCAAAGUGAUCAGAUAACCAUCUUGACUACCAGCUAUGAUGGUACCAUCGUAAGAUGGAUUCCUGGCAUAGGCUAUGGUGGAAAAAUACAUAGGAAGGAAAACACUCAGAUUAAAUGCUUUUCUGCAACUGAAGGAGAGCUUCUUACUUCGGGCUUUGAUAAUAAAGUACACAGACUUUCAUUAAAUGAAAGUCACUGUGGAGAGGCAGAACCUGUUGAUGUUGGAUUUCAACCAAACAAUUUACAUUUUAUUUUGAAAUGUCCUGACCUUGCUUUAGUUUCUACUGAUUCCGGGAUCAUCAUUUUACGGGGCACAGAAGUAGCUUCAACCCUAAAUCUUGGUUAUGCUGUGACAGCAUCAGCGGUUUCACCUGAUGGGUCUGAGGCCAUUGUUGGCGGCCAAGACGGAAAGCUUCACAUAUAUGUUAUUGAGGCAGCCACGCUCAAGGAAGAAACAGUCCUACAAAAGCAUCGGGGAGCUAUUACUGCCAUCCAGUACUCCCCUGAUGCUUCUAUGUUUGCCUCAGCCGAUGCCAAUCGUGAAGCUGUCGUAUGGGAUCGUGCAUCACAAGAGGUUAAGCUGAAGAACAUGCUCUACCACACUGCUCGAAUCAAUUGCCUCGCAUGGUCUCCUGAUAAUCGCCUGGUUGCAACUGGGUCUCUUGAUACUUGCGUUAUUGUGUAUGAUGUGGACAGAGCUGCAUCAAGCCGAACCACAAUUAAAGGUGCACACUUGGGAGGGGUCUAUGGAUUGGCUUUCAGCGAAGAAAACACCAUUGUCAGUGCAGGUGAGGAUGCGUGCGUGCGUGUUUGGAGAUUGUCCCAUGAGCGAUGAACAAUAUUUAUCCAGUUUGCUUUUUUGUUGUUUGGAACACAGCAUUUGCUGAACUUGUUUGUCAUUUUUUUCUCGGCAUUGGCUGCUAUACUUGUGGUUAAUCCAAGGGUUGUGCAGAUUUUAUGUUCAUCUCCGUCUGAUGUAUGUUUUUACAAUUUUUAUUCUGCGAAAGAAGA